GCGAGAGAGAGGAGCAUGCAGGGAUUCAGACCAGGAGGCAAGCAUGCAUUCAUUCUCCUCUCUCUUUCUCUCUCUGCCUUUGCAUCAGCUGUUUGUUCUAAGAGCUCUGGCUACGAAGAAAGACUCUCUUCAGCAUCACAUGCCAAUAUUUUGACUUAGCAUCUCUUAAUGAUGCUGUGGGAAAGAAGGAGCCAUGUCAGAAGACGCUGCUGGUGAGACCCAAUUUUCUUUGAAGACAGCGGCUUUGAAAGUAUUUGAGCUUCCCCUUUCCUGGUAUAAUUCUCUAACCCAGAUUAAACUCUCACCAAGUCUAAAGAAGUUAUUUGUAAUAACCACAGUGAGUGCAGUGUCUGUGUUAUUUCUUGCUCAUCACUUCAAAAGAAAACGUGGGAAGAAGUCCAGGAAAGUAUCUCCAUGGGAACCAAGUCAUUUGGUAUUAGACCACAUGAAAACAUCUUCAUCAGACAAAGGAUCCAGUUGUUCCAGCAGCAGACAGAAUCUAUCACUUUCACUGAGUUCAGCCAAAGAAAAAGGAUUUCAAUCCUAUAUAAAUGCAAAUGGAAGUCUCUUCAGUAAAUAUUCAGGUUCAGUGCAGAGUUUGGCCUCGGUCCAAAGUGCCACAUCUUGUCCUAGCUGUGCAUGUGUCAAUUCCAGUUCCUGGGACAAAGCUGAUGAAGAUGAUGUCAAGCUAGUCAAUAUCCCAGUAACUACUCCUGAAAACUUAUACUUGAUGGGAAUGGAACUAUUUGAAGAAGCACUGCGACGAUGGGAGCAGGCCCUGACUUUUCGUAACAGACAGGUUGAAGAUGAAGCCAACUGUAGUGCAAUCAAACUUGGAGCAGGGGAUGCAAUUGCAGAAGAAAGUGUAGAAGAUAUCAUUAGUGCUGAAUUCAUUCAUAAGCUUGAAUCAUUGCUCCAGAGAGCAUAUCGACUCCAAGAAGAGUUUGAAGCUUCCCUUGGGGCAUCUGACCCAGCUUCCUUUCCCAAGGAUAUUGAUAAAGACACAGAUAUCACUGUGAAAGAUAAUACAGACGAAUUCAGUCUGCGUGAUACACUAAGCAUUGGAUCAACAGGUUCAUUUGUUUCUGCUGCAGAGCUUACAGAACACAAAGAAAGCCGAAACCCUUAUAAUCUGGAUUCCUUUUGCCAUUGUCCAUUAUAUGAAGAAGCUAUGCGUUUGGCAGAGGAGGGCAAGAUUUAUUCACGCAUCUUACGGACUGAAAUGCUGGAGUGUUUGGGGGACAGCGAUUUUCUUGCUAAGCUUCACUGCAUUCGACAAGCUUUUCAGGUUAUCCUUUCAGAUACUGCAAAUAGAGUAUUUCUUGCAGAAAGUGGUAGGAAAAUUUUGUGUGCUUUAAUUGCAAGAGCAAGAAAGAACCCAAAUAAAUUUGAAGAAGUAUUUGAUGAAAUGAUCACUUUCUUAGAGCAAGCAGAUCAUUGGGCUAGUACUGAAAUGGAACUUGCUGCUUGUGGAGUAAAACAUCUAAAUUUCUAUGAUGUUGUUCUGGACUUCAUAUUAAUGGAUUCCUUUGAAGAUUUAGAGAAUCCACCUAUGUCUAUACAGAAUGUGGUUAACAACCAUUGGCUGAAUUCAUCCUUCAAAGAAACGGCUGUGGCUUCCAGUUGCUGGUCAGUCCUGAAACAAAAAAAGCAAAAAAUGAAGAUUCCUGAUGGUUUCUUUGCACAUUUCUACGCUAUUUGUGAGCACAUUAGUCCUGUUCUGGCAUGGGGCUUCCUGGGUCCUCGAAAUUCUCUGUAUGAAUUGUGCAGCUUCUUUAAGGAUCAAGUUCUUUAUUUCCUGAAGGACAUAUUUGACUUCGAAAAGGUGCGAUUUUCAACAGUAGACAACCUAACUGAAGACCUUAUGCAGUUGUUAAUUCGGCAUACUGAACUUCUCCUGGCAUACCUUGGAACCGACUCACUAAGACAUGUCAGUGGCUGUGUGAGCGCAUGUGGAACCACAACAACUGGUAGCCUUUUGGAAGCAAAAGUACAAUAAGAUCCUUUUUUUAUUCUUAUUCUUAACAUGAGCACAAUUUUUGCCUUUCCUCAAGGAAACCUACCAUUGCUUCUGUUUCUUUCUAAGCAAGUACCUGAAAAUCUACAGUGUUGUUAAAUAUGGUCUCAGGGAGGUUUAAAAAUAUGGAAAUCAUUGCUUAAAACAUUACUGUAUAAUAUAUCUCAACAGUCACUGUAUCUAUGUCCCAACCUGUUUUAAAUUAAUAAGUUAAAUUUAUUUUUGAAAAUACUGUACUUUUGCCUCGGAUAAAUUAUUUGUAACUGAAAGUGAUAUGGAUAUAUGUGGUAUAGUAACUGUGUCUCAAAGGUUUACAUAAUUACUUAGUAGAAAGUUUUAAAAGCUCUGUCUGGCCAUAUGUUUGCCAAGUUAUGCAUCUUUUUUGUCUCAAGUGACAUGUGCAAUAAAAUACUAUGUGCAGUGACAAAUGAUUUAACUUUGUCUCAAGAUUUUUCAUGUGUAAGCUAUCAUUUAUAAUGUAGCUGAAUAAAUAUAUACAUUCAGCAUUUAGAAAACAAUGCCAUUCUGUAGGCAUUUUUACUAAACUUAAGUGUUCAUUCACACACUUCUGUGUAAAUUACUCUUUACUUAUCUUUUAUGGUUUGAAAUCCAAGUCUAGUGAGGCCUUAAAAAUUGUUUUAAAACAAUUUGAAAAUUGGUUUAAUCCCCUCCAAUUUAGAGAGCUUUUAAAACUUUAUACUACUUGUGUAUAAGCUAGAACCUUGUCUUGUUUGAAUGUAACAUUGGAAGUCUAUUUUUAAGAAGAAAAAUGUAUUUCAAAAAAGAUAAUCACACAACAAACAUAAAUAUAUGUUCCUUUAUCAUUUUAA